UGAAGAAAAGCAAAUUGACACAGCAAUGGUCAUCUAGUGCAGGAAAGAGACACCAAGCAAUACAGACAGACAAAAAGAGGGUAAGAAAAGACGUAGAAUGUCCUUCAAACAUCUUUAACCGUACACAUUCACUCUUCAAGGGCAUGCUGAAGGUGCUGAAGCCUGUGCAGGAGAUCCAGGUGAAAUACUUGAGGGCCCUACCCAAAGCCAAAGACGCUCUCAACAUCCCCGGAGACGGUAAAUUGGUCUGGCACUUCAUGCUGGAGGAGGGCAGGCCGCGAUACACCACUGCUCAUUUCACACUCAGCUUACUGGUCCAGAUGUUUCACAGUGUGGCAAUCUCCUUGCACUACGGCAUCCACUCAUUGCUGCAGAACUCUAGGCCGAGCCAUCCUGCUGUGACCCUAUCAGUGGACUGGAAAUCCUUCAGCUUUUUGAACAGAAUGAAAUCGUUGUUGCAUUUUACAGAAACAGCCCUGGCCCCUCAAAUCUCUUUGAUUGGUCAUGAGUACUUAGCGAUGCUGAGAUUAGAAAUUGAUGUCACUGCCGUGUCAAUAAAGAGUGUGACGUCAGAGGAAGAGGCGGGGCUUCAGCUCCAGGAUGGAGUUCUCAAUAUUGCAAUCCACUCAUACGCCAUCACACACAAACCGUGGACAGUGACACCACUUGACUCUGCCCAGUUUUUCAAAGAUCUUGAAGUUUCCAAACUGAGCAAGAAAUGGCGUGCUGGCUCGGUCAAUGUAACUGCCAGUCGUCACAGAGCGACAAACUCCUUGCUGAAAGAGAUCGGAUACCCUGUAGAAUUGCCUUUAGCUGGUCAGAGCAUUCUGGAACUGUUGUGCCGCAUAGAGGGAAGACAAAUGACACACCCGUACGAACUGCUCAAACUGUUUGGAGAGGCCAUUUACAGAAACAUUGCCUUUGGUUACAUCGACAGUGUCCUGAAGCACUUAGCCUUCAGUUUAGGGCUGUAUUUUAUUGAAGAGUGCGACGCUCCAUCCGGCGUCUACAGCUGGAUUCGCCAGUACGAGCACCGCCCUCAUUCUUCUUCCAGCUCGAAAGACCAAAAUCAGCAACAAUAUUUGGCGUACCGAGUCACAGAAAAGGGUAAGAAACCAGAGUUUACUCUCGUGUCAAAAAGCCAUCUACACAAACAACCCAGGUACAGGCUCAUGGGCGUGUGGGAAAAAAUCCCGAGCUCGAACUGUUUCGAAACACUGAGACAUCCUCAGAUGAACAAAGCCCAGCUGAUAGUUAUGAACUCUAAAGCGUUUUUGGUUACGUCCCUUGCCGAGGCAGACACGCUUCUGAACAACCUGCCAGAAGAAAUUACCGUAGAAAUCUCGUCCACAAACCCACGGUCAAAAUGCCUUACGUUCAGCGAAUCUCUCUCACGAAAGAUGGAUUUGGAGCUGAACAAAACCAAACGCCCGAAAGCAUCAGGGGAUUUUGGCACUGCUGUGACAAAAGCGCCGGCAACGUUUCCACCUUACGACUUUUUGUCAUGGAGUUUGGGUAUACAGAAAGGUUUCAAUGUGAUAUUUGAAAAAUUUGGUACCCUCGUCCAGAAGAACGUUGCACCUCCGGCAAUGGGACUCAGUCAGCCAUUACUCGUUGCCUACGCAACGUAUCAGACGCUGUGUGAGGUCACAGAUUUGAUGCUCUUUGAUGAGAGCGAUAGGGAUUUGAUGAGGGCCCUUUUUAACAACAUAGGGACCAUCAGGUAA